AUGGUAUCCAGUCGAUCAAAGGCCGGUGCACCUCGGCCUCCCAAGAGACGACAGGCUCGGUUCACUACAACCAGUGCCAAAACUCUUCAAGAUUUGUUGCGGAACUUCAAGCCUUCGCAAUUACGGACAGUUAUUGACGAGGCAUUGAAUAACGGCAAUGUUACCAAAUUCAUACGCGAUAUUCAUGCUCGAUUGUCACGAGAACUACCGAUUGAAGACCAUUGCCAGCCAUUAGUUGCCGGCGGAGUGCCAAUUAAUGAUGAAGUCGUUGAGAGUAUCGAGAAAUCCCCAGUCAAAUUGAGGCAGUGUGCUCUUGUCUCAGCACCAGAGGACCUGUCUGUGACUGCCACUAAUGGCAACCUACCCACUCCGAGAAGUUCUCGGGAACCCAAGGAGAUACCAAUGACUCCAGAGCCUUGGAUGACCCCCGAGCCACAAUCCAACGCUCAACCAUCUCCUCUUCCAGAAGCCGAACAAUAUAUUCCUCCACCAGUUCGAUUUACAACCUGUAAUUGCCGGUCUGGAUGCAUUUCCACCCGCUGCAAAUGUUUCAAAUUCGGACGAGGCUGCUCGCCCUCUCUUUCCUCUAGUUGUAAAUGCGAAUCUUGCGCCAAUAUGCUCAAUGACCUAUCUGUCUUUUUCGGAUCCCCAAAAUCCUCCGGUUCCCCUGUUGCAGCUAGUCCCGACUUUCUCAAAUGGAUUCGAAAAGAGUCGAGAAAUGGAAGAUUCGAUUUGAUCCAUCAGGAUACAAUAGAAGAAUUAAGAAGCAUGUUGAUGGGAGUGGAAUAUGGUGACAUGUCAUCUCCACCCCAAUUUCCCGCUUUUUCAGGAAAACUCAGAGGCAUCGGAAAAGCAUAG